AGAAAAAAACACGUUAACUUGACGUGGACGAAAGCAGCUGGCCCUCAUUUUACUGAAUAAUGUACAAGAAAUUUUACUCGAAAUAGAGCAUUUUCACUGAAGUUCUUAGAUAAAAGUAGUGGCUGAAUGUUGUUACCAUAAAACACGAUGGGUUUCGUUCACAAAAUGGUCAGUACGCUGAGCGUGCUGGUGCUGCCUUUACUUUUAAGUCAAUUUGCGGAUGGUGCGUCGGUGAUAUCCAUUGAUCUGGGUACAGAAUGGAUGAAAGUCGGAAUAGUGUCGCCUGGCGUUCCUAUGGAGAUAGUUCUGAACAAGGAGUCUAAGAGGAAGACUCCGGCGGUGGUGGCGUUCAGGGACGGAGUGCGGACCUUCGGGGAGGAUGCCGUGACCGUGGGCGUCAGGUUCCCUAAGAACAGUUACAAGUAUCUGUUGGACCUACUCGGGAAAACUUAUGAUCAUCCUUUGGUGCAAGAUUACAAGGCAAAGUUCCCCUACUACGAGAUUGUGGCAUCGGACCGCGGCACCCCAGUGUUCAUUCAUGAUGAGAACACGCGCUUCACUCCCGAGGAGCUGGUGGCACAACUGCUGGCCAAGGCGAAGGAGUUUGCUGAAAUCAGCCACGGAGAGAAAGGUCAACAAAUAACAGAAUGCGUGAUAACCGUGCCCGGCUACUUCAACCAGGCAGAACGUAAAGCCAUGAAGGACGCAGCGGCCCUCGCGGGACUGAAUGUGCUGCAACUCAUCAAUGAUUACACGGCUAUCGCAAUCAACUAUGGCAUCUUUAGACGGAAGGAAAUAAACGAGACAGCCUGGUACGCCCUGUUCUUCGACAUGGGCGCGGCGAGCACGGCGGCCGCGCUCGUCGAGUACAAGAACGUCAAGGUCAAGGACAGGGGCGUCGUGGAGACCGUGCCGCAGAUGCAGGUUCUGGGGGUGGGAUAUGACAGAACCCUCGGCGGUAUAGAGAUGACCCUCCGUCUGCGCGAACACCUCAUUAAAGGCUGGGAAGCUGCCGGCGGCGGCGACGUGCGCGCCUCCCCUAGAGCCAUGGAGAAACUGCUUAGAGAGGCCGAGAGGCUGAAGAUCGUGCUGUCUGCUAACUCUGAGUUCUACGCUCAGAUUGAGAGUCUGCUGGAUGAUAAGGACUUUAAGUUGUUGGUGACCCGCAAAGAGCUAGAAGACCUAUGCGCAGACCUGUACCCUCGAGUAGGAGCCGUCAUCACUCGCGCGGUGGCGGCGGCGGGCGGCGCGGGGGCGGGCGCCAGGCUGGUGCUAGCGGGGGGAGGGGCGAGGUCCCCCCCGGUGCAGGCGGCGCUGACUUCAGCCAUGGGACAAGAGCCAGCUAAGAGCAUCAACGCAGACGAGGCGGCGGCCAUGGGGGCUGUUUACAGAGCGGCGUCGCUAGCUACAGGCUACAAGGUGGCUCCUCUCAACGUGAAGGACGCAGUAGUGCUGCCCGUGCAGGUCACCUUCACCAGACACGUCGAUGGCGCUGACAAGCUGAUCAAGCGAACCCUCUUCGGGCCCAUGAACCCCUACCCGCAGAAAAAGGUAAUCACGUUUAACAAACACACCGACGAUUUCCAUUUCAACGUCAACUACGCCGAGUUAGACCACAUCCCUUCCAAUGAGCUGGCUUACAUCGGCAGCACUAACCUAUCUCAGGUGGUCUUAUCUGGAGUAGGCUCAGCCUUAGCUAAGCACCAGGGAGAAAAUGUUGAACACAAAGGAAUUAAAGCCCAUUUCAACAUGGAUGACUCUGGUAUACUCAACUUGGUUAAUGUUGAGUUUGUAGCCGAAAAAACUGUAACUGAAAGCGAUGAUGAUAGCACGCUUUCAAAACUUGGUAGCACGAUCAGUAAACUGUUUAGCUCGGACACAGAAGACGCGGAGAAGAAAGAUGAAAAUGCUGAAGAUAAAUCAGCAGAAGGCUCGGCCGAAAAGAAUGAAACUAAAACUAAUGAGACUACAACUGAAAAGCAAAACGCAACAGAACCCGAAGUGAAGCCUAAACCUAAAAUAGUAACGUUGAAAGAACCAAUCAAAUCCGAGGAACAAGUUAUCACUCUGCAACCCCUAAGCACGGAUGAAUUCAAAGCAUCGAAGGCUAAGAUCACUGAACUUAACUCGAUAGACAAGAAACGCACUGAGAGAGAAACUGCUUUGAACAACCUUGAAGCGUUUGCCGUCGACACUCUCAUGAAAAUGGAUAUGGAUGAAUUCUCAGAGUGCGCGACACCAGAGGUCGUAGAAGAAAUUAAGAAACUUUGCGCCGAUGUGUCUGAGUGGCUUUACGAAGACGGCUAUGAUUCCGAGACAGAACUGUUUGAAAAGAAAUUAGCCGAAAUUCAAGAGAAGACUAACCCAUUGUUCUACAAACACUGGGAACACAUGGAGAGGCCCGACGCUAUCAAGGCUAUGAAAAAUAUGCUCAACCACUCACAAGAGUUCCUCAAAACUUCUAAAAACUUCACCAAAGAAGCCAACUCUGAAAAGGAUAUCUUCACUGACGUAGAAAUCGGUUUACUCGAAAAGAAGAUAACCGAAUCUGAAUCCUGGCUCGAGAAGUCAAUUGAAGAACAAAAUGCUCUUAAAAAGAGCGAUGAAAUUAAACUAACAGUAGAAUCUAUCAGGGAAAAGAUGGGAGGCAUAGACAGAGAAGUGAAAUAUUUAUUGAACAAGAUGAAAAUAUGGAGGCCUAAGAAACCAGUUAAGAAAGAAACCGAAAACAAAACAGAAGAAGUAGUCAUUGAAAAUGAAGAAAAGGUUGAGGAGAGUCAAGAAGAAAAGCCUGUCGAAGCUGAGACUGAGAAAGAAGAAGAAGUAACCGAACCCCCACUACAAAUAGGAGACGCAGAAGUGAAGGAUGAACAUUCCGAGUUAUAAUAACUGAAGAGUAAUUUAUUUAUUAGUCUAAUUUAUUGUCUGUGCUCCUUAGAAACGGAUUGGUGUGGCUAGACUUAUAUCCGUUUAGCAACUAUGAUUUGAUUUAACGAUUUGGGUUGUAGAAACUUUGUUUAAUGCUUUUUACAGUUCGUAAACUAUUUCAUGUCUAGUUGCUAAAAGUAUAAGCUAUCGAACCGAACCAAACUGUGCGUACGAUGUCUCAAUCUGUCCUUUAAGUUUAAAUUCCAAAACUAUAGGUUUAUACUUUUUUAUUUUUGUAAUAUUGGUUCUGUCUGAAUUAUAGCUAAAUAUAACUAUACUUAGCGCUGUGAAUUAUGCUUCAAAUGCUGACCAAUAUCUGUGGCCAAAGACUUAAACUUAACUAACUGUCAAAAUAUCGUAUCGGAUUAGCGUAAAUUCUUGUAACUCUCAUCAAAUAGAAAAAAAACACAAUAUUUCGUGUUUAAAACUGCUUACAAAAAUUAGUAAAUGACUACAAUAUUGUUUUAGUUAUUCUAUCUCAUAAAAACCAGUGUAUACAUAUUUUUAAAAUAAAUUAUAAUAACCAGUACUUAUACACCUAAAUAUAAUAUAUAUUUAUAUACCGUAGUUAUAUCAUGAUAGAUAUUACGCUAAUCAGAAGUCACAAAAACAAUAUAAUAUAAAAUGCUGCGCUUUGUAUAUUUAUAACGAACAUUUUUUCGGGAUUAUUAAACUACAUGACUAGUUUAAUUAUAUCGACAAUGUUUUAGAAUUUUAACCUUCAUCUCAAAUCUCUUAUCCAACUUGCAAAGCAAUAAUAACAACAUCAAAUCUCUUAAAAACUUUUAUUAACAUUGAAUUUAUAAAAUAACUAAAGGUAUAUUGCAAGUCUUCUACAAAUGACUCAUCCAAUGAAUCCCCCUGAACCACUUAAUACAAGUAAAGGAAAGUUAUGUAUUUAUGUAUGUGAUAAUAUUUAAGUUUAAAAACGGUUACUCGCUUGUUAUAAAAAGGUGUGAAUGUGUAAUAUUGUCUCAAAGUGAGGUUGCAAUGAUGCAGGUUAUUAGCAAAAAUGUAAGAAGUACCUAAAUAAAUUAUAUAAAUGAAUGAA